CAAGAAAAGUCAACAAAACACCGUCACUGCAACACCUAUUUUUACCGUCAUGAUUAGUUCAUCCUGUCUACACUUUUAUACCUCAACAAUUUUCCACAAAAUAAACACAUCAAAACGCUUUUCAUUGUGCAUAUACCAAUGCUGCUGAUGCCUGUAAAUCAAUUUUCUUGCUCCUGUGAACAAACCUUGCAUGAAACUAGGAAGCGGACAAAGAAAAAAGAGAGGAGCCUCGAGAAAUGGCCUUUACCCUAGAUCCCUCUCUUCUUUUACUUCUCUAACUUUUCUUGGUGUAUACACCCACUGAAUGAAGCCCUAUCUUGACCAAAACUAUUUCUUUCCAGAGCUAGCUGCGUUUACGUUCGAUAUCGAUAAUCGUUUGACCUGGGAGCGGGUAUAGACCGGUGUCAGAAUGACCUAUAGACGAAGCUGAAUAGCAAAAGGAAAAAAAUUGUUAACAUGUGUAAUUUGCAAAGCUUCCUUAGCUUAGAAAGCCCUCUUUCUUCCCUGCCGCCUCAACAUCUUGUCAAGUUAUGUAUAAAUGAAAACAGCUUCGGAUUGGCAGCCGAAGCAUAUUGAAAAUUGACUAGAAAGUGAUGGUCUGUAUUUUGUUACAAAUUAUUAACCCCAAUGAUAUGUGUUUGUCAUAAAAUAGUACGGAUUAACGAAGUUUGCAUGCUAACCCCAGCACCACAGACAAUUUCAUUUCACCAAACACCACAGCGUGAAAAACACAAACAUCGCACACUGUAGUGUUUGAGAUCACCGCAACACGGCAAGUUGAGAUUUUAUUCACUGCAUCAGCCAUUAAAAAAACAUCAACACAGCAACACCACAAAUCCCCAGGUGCCCCUCAUGUAAAAAUCAAUUGAUUGUCAUCUAGUCAAGCUGUAUCCUUCAAACUUGGUGAAUAUACAAUCCUCUACCCAGUAUUUUAACAUUAUGAUUCACAAAUUGUGUAAAAUUCAAUUUUGGAAAAAGUUAUUUGCCAUCGGAUUCCCAUACAAACACUGUCAUUUCUGACCAUUUUGCCUACCCGUCAAGAUGGCAUUGAAAACUGUGAUAGGGUCUAUGAAAUUCUAUAAAUUUAUUUCGAUCUACAUGCUGCAUCAAUAUACAUGUACGGUCUCGUUUUCAUGAAUCAAUUAACAGAAUGUUGACAGUGUAUUCCAACCGUUACAUUAAGCUUAUUUACAUGACACAUUGCAUGAUGAUGCACUGUGUCUUAAUGGCCAAAAAUGAUUAAUAACUGAUCAAACUUCUUGUGUCGCAUUUCAAAAUUAAUCACGGUAAUGAGGGCAGAGAUCAAAUUCCACGCAUAAAGUUUCCUGUUCUUUUGUAUGCAGAGAUGAAAUCUGAGAUAACAGAAAACAGUUUGCAAUGUGAAUGGUCGGUUAGACAAAACAUGGUUUGAAGGCGUUUUCAUUAGAAAAAACAACUUUGUUAAUUAAAAUACUCGAAACUGCAACAUGGAUGAACUGUCAGCAUUCUUUAGGAACUUGGACGCAUGCGCGUGGCGGGAAUUCAAUAUGGCGGCUUACUUGGUUUGUUUAACAACUGAAGGUGGAAUUCCAUUGUUUACGCGGACGAAAGGAAACUUACCACAGUUACCUUUCCCUGUGAUUGGAUCACUGAAUGGAGUUUGUAUGUUUGCCAGCAAUCAAGAUGUCUCUCUGCUUAACACAGUCACAGAUGAUGCCAAAGUUAUUUGGAAAGUUUUUCAUGAAAGGAUCACCUUAAUAAUUGCCACUUCUGAUGACAGCGCUAGUGAUAUGCAUCUCAACAGAUUGUUAGAAUUUGCCUUUAAUACUAUGGUUUUGCUAUUAGGAAUAGAUGAGCUGACAUCCAUCAGAAAUGUAGAACUUCUAAAAAGGGAGCUAAGAUGUUGUUAUAGUCUGAUUGACAGCCUUUUAGAAGGCACAGAUUUAACAGGAAACAUAACUCAAGCUGUUGAUGUCAUUCUUUGUCCUGAUGUGUCAUUUUUGCAGGAGUUCCUAGAUGCCUUUGCCACAGCAGUGAACAGUGAGUUUGGUUGCUUGCUUGUCAUGGGCAAAGUGGCUGUAGCCACAGAACGGUGGUGGGAGUUAACAGGCAUGGAAACAGUUCUGUUAUCAUUUCUUGUUCGUUCAUUACCAGCCUGUACAUCUCGUGAUAUCCCUGUUUAUCUUCCUUACGGUAGUCCAAAGGUUCCCCACAGACUUCUUACAUUUCAGCUCAUUGAAGGUGUGGAGGUGUGUGUGAUAUGUGGGCCAAAACCAUCACUUCAAGACACACAAACUAAGUUCCUGGAUCAGUACUGGAGGCUUGCUAUAGAUACACUGAAGUCCAGCCGUAGAUCUCAUCCAAGGAACCUCCCUAGUGAUAUGGUUCUCGACAGUGGAAUUUUAGGGUUUGUGUUGGUGAAUAUAGAUGAGCGCAAGUGUCUGUCAAGUGUACAUCCAUCAGGGGUGUUGACUGGUGUAGAUCAAAGUAAUGCCCCAGGAAGUGGAAUGCCCACAGCCAAGAGAAAGUCAAUAUUGGUGUCGUUUUACAAGUCAAUAGUUGGUACCUUAUUUCCAUCCCAGGAGUCGACCACAUCAUCACAAGAUGAGCCAUCUUGUGACUUACCCAGCAGUCUCCCUCAUCAAGCUAUGGAAACUUACAUGUGUGGAAGUGAUCACAAGUGUUAUGCAAUCCGUACAGCAACACAUGAAUUGUUUCUCCUGUUUUCUAAUGACGUUCCGAAUUAUGCUCUUGGGUCACUGGCGACCAGUACGCUUACUUUGCUAACUAAAGGCAAACUGGUAUAACAGGAGGUUCUCAACUCUAUUCUGUCCAUUGCAGAAGCAUUAACUGCUAGACCAACCCAGAGAUUCCUGUUAAACCAGGACAGAUUGCACAACCCUGUGAGGAUGAUGAGUAAUGCUAGCUGUGUGUAUGACAGAGAUUGUUCAUUGCCGGCUGUAUGACGGGGACAGAGGAAGAGAUAUUUUACAUUCUUAAUAUCGACAUUUGUACAAGUUUUAAAGGGAACAAAUCAAAUCAAAUCCUAUAGCUAAAAUGGGAAAUUAAUGUACAGGACCUAAGGCAACUUGUAAAUUACGUUAAUUAUUUCUUGAGUUUGUAGAGAAAGAACUUGUUUUGUAAAUAAACAUGACAUUGAUAUUGUAUAACCAUCGUACUUUGAAGUAGCGUGUUUCAGUGGUACCUUUUCUCUUGCAUGGUCUCCGCGCAUGGCGAUGGUGUGCGCAAGUUUAGCCGCCAAAAAAAUACACUCGUGCUGUAUUAACUGUUACCUUAAGAAUUCGAUUCAAUUUGUUACAUUGAAAGAAAGAAAAAACCUUUGCUAAAUUUGGCAAAAGUACCAGAAUUCAUAAUAUAUAGUUAUGCCAGAAUUCAUAAUAUAUAGUUAUAC